CGUGAGGGACAAAGUAUCGGAUUUCUCGGCUGCUCUUCCCGGUUUUGUAAGUUUGCGCUUGCACUCUGCACUCUCAUUCUCAAACACAUUCCAUCUUUCGUGUCCCUUUCUCUUCAUUCCCCCGAUUCUGUUUUCCAGAUCAGUUUAGCAGGGUAGGUAUGGCAGUAAUGCCAAUGAUGACUAGGCAGCAUGUGCUGACCUACGUCUACCUUCUACUUUACAUAUCUCUUUCAUCGGGAGUUAUUCUGUACAACAAGUGGCUCCUCUCCACAUUGCACUUUAAUUUUCCAUUUCCAAUAACGCUCACUAUGAUCCAUAUGGCCUUUUCUGGUUCAGUGUCCUUUUUGCUUAUUCGUGUUCUUAAGGUUGUAUCACCGGUUAAAAUGACAUUUAAUAUAUAUGCUACUUGUGUGGUCCCUAUAAGCGCCUUCUUUGCAGCAAGUCUGUGGUUUGGGAACACGGCAUAUUUAUACAUUUCUGUGGCCUUCAUCCAGAUGCUUAAGGCCCUGAUGCCAGUGGCAACAUUUCUCACGGCUGUUGGCUGUGGGACUGAGAAAUUAAGGUGUGAUGUAUUCACGAACAUGGUGCUGAUCAGCUUUGGAGUAGUCAUUUCCUCCUAUGGGGAAAUUCAUUUUAAUGUGCUUGGUACACUUUACCAGGUCACAGGAAUAAUUGCUGAAGCUUUGAGGCUGGUCUUAACUCAAGUUCUUCUCCAGAAGAAGGGCUUGACACUAAACCCAAUUACAAGCUUGUAUUACAUAGCACCCUGCAGCUUUGGAUUUCUUUUUAUCCCAUGGUAUAUCCUUGAGAAGCCUGAGAUGGAAGAUCCACAUCUGCAGUUUGACUUCUGGAUUUUUUUUACAAACGCUCUUUGUGCUCUGGCAUUGAAUCUGUCAACAUUUGUGGUGAUUGGUAGAACCGGAGCAGUAACUAUUCGAGUGGCUGGGGUUUUGAAAGACUGGAUACUUAUAAGUCUUUCAACUGUCUUAUUUCCUGAAUCAAAGAUUACUCCGCUUAAUAUCAUUGGUUAUGCUAUAGCUCUAAGUGGUGUUGUUUUUUAUAACUACCUGAAGCUCAAUGAAGUACGCAUAUCUCAACCUCCUCCCCAAAGUAUUCAAGAUGACUCAGCUAAGGAGGACCUACUCCUAAGCGAGAAAAAGGCAGAUGACGGUUUGAACAGCAAAGACAGGACCUCAUGGAAUGAUUCUGUUUAUGAUAAUGAUUUUGACGAAGAAGCACCUUUAAUGUCGUCUAAACGGAUAUCUCAUCCGCAUCUUGGAAGAAAGCCAGCUUAGCAGCAAUCUAGCUUUGAGGCAAAGAUCAUGUCAUCUUAGGGUUUAGAGGCAAAUUGAUAUCUCAUCUUGGAAGAGCGCAGAGAAACCAAAUCAUACACGCAAAAGAUCAUACACGCCUCCUUCCAAGAGAAAGGUAACAGAGAAGAGAGAAAACAAAGCGGAAGAACUAUACAUAUUCUUUUAGCAGAGUUGAAUAUUUUUUAUGUUCAAAGUAUUCAUUAGUCAAAUGAUUGAUUCUUGUAUAGGCUUGAUUUGACUAUUGGUUCCAAUUCCCAAUGGAUCUCAUGACUCUAAUUGAUGAUUAUUGAGUUAGCAGU